AUGUUCAAGUUUUUCGCUCUGUGCCUUUUCGCCGUUGUUGCUUUGGCCGCCGCCAAGCCCCAAUUCCUGACCGCCUACACGGCGGCCACGCCCUAUGUGGCAGCCACGCCCUAUGCGGCCUACGCCUCGCCCUACACCGCCGCCUACACCAGCGGCGUGUAUGCCGCCUCGCCGUAUGCCUACAGCGCCGGAUAUCCCUACAGCUCUCUGUAUCUGAGACGUUAAAUGGAUCCCCACUGUACGAUCGAUCCUUGAUGACAGACCAAUGAACGAAUAAAACUGAUA